AUUAUUUAAAUGGUAAUUCUAGUAUGAUUGCUGAUCUAAAAAAUGCUCAUAGUUUUACAUUAUAUGUUAUACUUACUACAUUGGGGGUGUUUAAAAACAAGUACCCAGUCUCGGCAGAUCUAACUUUUGAGCAAAUUAAAAAACUCGAGUAUACAGAACAAAGGGUUAUACACUGGUCUUCUACACUUUAUUUCGAAAUUUAUAAGUGUUCCGAUGGUCGCGUAUUGAUACGAGCGUUAUUCGAUUUUAAACCAUUAUUGAUUCCGGGUUGCGAGAAUGAAUAUUGCGAAUGGAACAAAUUUAAAAAGACUCUUGGUGAUAAGAUUGGAUGCGAUUUUGAAAAGAUGUGCGCUUAUCCUUGA